AUGAGUUUCUUCCCAGAAACGACAGAUGCCAGGAUUCUUGCAGCCUCAAUGAGGUCGGAAGCAUUAAAAGAAUUACUUAAGAAAGACGAGUGCAAAGUGACUCAAAUAUAUCCUUGGGUUGCUGAUUUCCAAGACGCCAAAAUUGCCGAUCACGACAUUGUGAAGGCCAUGAUCGCAACUGAGAAUGUGACAUGGAUGAACGAUUAUACGAGCUUUCAGGACGAUGAUCAUGCCUGGAGAGAAACCCCAGAGCUCAAGGAGACACCUCAGCAUCUGGACCAUUUAAAUCGUGGAUGUGUUCAUAAACUUGGCCAGGGAGGAGAAUUGCCCUAUGGGUGUUCAUCCCGUCCCGCUCACCGAAACAUAAUGUUUGACUUAAUUGAGGAUAUAGCCCGAGUUCCACUAACCGUUUCGUCUAAUAUUGCCGGAACGGUCUAUAAGGUGGCAACCGACACGGGCACUACUGCGGCGAAAAUUAUUCAGGACAAUGUCAACACUGUCUUCAAGGUCGGGAUGGACAUCUCAUCCACUGGGGUGAAGAUUGUUAGUGAUUUAGUCGGCGCCUUGGCCCAGGUUGGGUCCGGCUUCACGAGCACUGCAAUGAAGAUCAGGGGAGAUACGGUCAGUACUCUGGCAAAAUCAGUUUCCGACACGUCCAGCACCUCCUCCAAAUUCGUCAAUGAUAGUCAGACGACUGUGAACAAGAUGAAACACGACGCCGGGACUACUGUCCUCAAAAUCCGAGAUGACAUAAAUACGCUUAAGUUCCAAGCCGCCAAUUUACUUCUAAAGUACGCGACGAAUGUAUUCGCCGCUGCAGGCGACGCAGCGGUUGUUGAUGCGAUCCUCCAGGUGAUACACCGCUCCCUUGAAGUCAUGACACAGAGCCUCAGUGGGGUAUUACUUAUCUGGAGGGGCAUCUUCACCAAUGGCACGAAUGACGAGAAUCUAGCCUUCAUCUUAAACCACCUAUACGAUUUGCUGUGGUUCCUAUACGACCUAGUCAGGUCGGGGAAUGUUAUCCCUGGAUAUCUAGCAGCCGAUGGUACGAUUGAGUACAUGGCAGACGAGCAACCGGGUAUAGAUAAUCCAUACAACGAGUUUGAUCUUCGGUUGGAGCAGAACCGUGACGCCGUCAUCUACCAGGUGCAGCGGGUCACAAGAACGCUCACUGCCAUCCUCAGGAUGGGCAGAGAACGAGUGUUGCCAAACGGACUUGGUGACCUCAGAAUGAACGCCAGCUUAUCCAGUGACUUCGAUAGUAACGGCAACCCCCCGUCCUCAACUUACAUGUCCAGGCUUGGAGGGGAGGUGGAAUCCCCUCCGAAUGAGAAGUGGCUAUUCAUCAACGGUAUCGCGAACGAGUAUGUCUGGUUCCAGCGCUCGUGUGAUAAGAUCCGUGACACUUUCAAGAGAGAAGUCAAGGGUGUUUAUAACCGUAGUGACGGCAUCCUCUGGGACAUGAUCGAGUGUUGUGGAGAACACAGCGCGGUCACGGAAAGGUCAAACGAACUCAUUGCACUCACGCGGAGCAGCAAGGACGCGCAGGAAAGCCUCGAACGGGAGCUCAAGGAGGCGCUAUGGCCGACUAAUAGCAACGCCCCAGACAAGGUCGUCAUGAUCGCCCAUUCUCAAGGGUGUCUCCUCCUACGGCUAGUGCUGCAAAAGUUAGUGAGGGACCACGCAAAGAGCUCUCAAAAAAUGAGGGACAUGAAGGAAAGGCUGAGAGUGUUCACUUUUGGGAACCCGAGCCUUGAUUGGCGUGUCAUAAGGGAGACGGAUGAGUGCUUAAGAGAAUAUGCGAACCUAAGUGAAUAUGCGAAAGCUACCGAGCACUUUGCGCAUGAGGUGGACUUUGUAGCUAUGCUGGGGGUUGUGACACAUCGGGACGACCAGAAUUCUGGCUAUGAUAGGGUUUCGGUUUUCUACAGCCACGGUGGGAGGGGACACUUAUUCGGGGCGCAUUAUCCUCUUGUAGCGGGGGCUUAUAAAAAUGGGGAGAACUCGCAGUUGUUGAGGGCAGUGAAUGGAAAGGAAAUUGUUUAA